GUCCAGAUGCAUCUCUGUUUUUAUUUUAUUGCUUUUCAGCUGUAUCUUGUUGGUGGAUCUUUUGGACUCCGUGAAUUUGCUCAGAUAAGAUAUGAUGUCCACAAACUUCACGGCAAGGUUGAUCCCGCUUUGAAAGAAAAGUUAAAAGAGAAAAAUGUGACACUGGAAUCUGAAUAUCAGAAACUGGAAAAGUCUGACUUGGAUAACUGGGAGAACAUCAGAGGACCCCGUCCGUGGGAAGAUUCCAAGACUGUUCAGAAGCAACGGCGGGAGGCUGGCCGUCUGAAGACAGAGUGACUGAGCAAGCCUCCUUCGGUGUUUCUGCAAAAUCAUGUCAGGAACAGACAUGGGAGGGGGGAAGAGGAAUCUGCACUGAGCAAUCCAUGCCAAUAUAAACAUAAAUUAACUGUGAGAUCAAUCAGAAAGACACUGUAUUUUAUGAAGUUCUUUGCAUCCAUUUGGACAGAGCUCCACAGGUUGUAUAUAUGAAUUCUCAAUUAAAAAAAUAGCUGAUUAUUCCACUGAAA